UUUUGACGGGGAUUGAAAUAUGAAAUUAGAAUUGCAACACAUCACAUCUACACUCCAUUCAUAUUUACCCAAUCAAUUUUUGUUCGUAUGAUAGCUAUAAUAAGUCUGUAUAAAAACCCUACCACAUGUAACGAUGUCCCAAUCUUUUGAAAGAAAAAAUAAAGUUUUCUUCUUAAUAGUCAGCAUAACAUUAACACACAAUAGUCAUGGUCUUAAUUAUUGGCAGAUUUCACACUAAUAAUUGCAAUUAAUUGUAAUAAAUAGCUUUUGCUCAUCAAAAAAAAAAAAAAAAAUACUCGUAUUGAUUUUGAAAUUGUUGUAAUUAGUUUUGAGUGUAAAACACAAACCCAGCCUUCCCAUAUCAUAGUCAACAUUAAAUCCCCGGAAAAAGACAGAGUAUGCAGUUAGUUCUCUCCUUCAUCACAUGGAUAAAUAAGUACAUUAUAUAAAUUAUCUUGUCACCCUUGUUCAUCAAACAUUCACUCACCCAGACAAAAUAUCAAAGUUUGUUUAAAUCACAUUGGAGUUUUAGACUUUCAGUAGUAGUAAAAUAAAGCAGAAGCUUAGCUGCUGCAAUGGCGGUCAGAGGAGCUGCAGUGACACCAAAGUCAGUUCUGCCAACGAAUCUAACGCCUUCUUUCAGAAACAAAACUCACUCGAAGCAGAUUUCUGUGAAAGUUUCGGCUAGCAGCUCAGACAAGCAUGAUCAAAGUAGUAACUCUAGUAAGUCAAUCAGAAAAGAAAGAAAUGGCUGGAAAAUCGAUUUCACCGGAGAUAAACCACCCACCCCAUUGUUAAACACUAUCAACUAUCCUUUGCACAUGAAAAACCUGUCUACUCAGGAUCUUGAACAACUUGGUGCAGAGAUAAGAGUUGAACUUGUUUACUCAGUGGCAAAGACAGGCGGGCACCUUAGUUCUAGCUUAGGGGUGGUGGAUUUAACAGUAGCUCUACAUCAUGUAUUCAACACGCCUGAAGACAAGAUUAUAUGGGAUGUUGGUCAUCAGGCAUACGCACAUAAAAUUCUAACAGGAAGAAGAUCUAAGAUGCACACAAUAAGGAAGACCUCAGGAAUUGCAGGGUUUCCUAAAAGAGAAGAGAGUAUCUAUGAUGCUUUUGGUGCAGGGCAUAGUUCUACUAGCAUAUCUGCUGGUCUUGGUAUGGCAGUUGCAAGAGAUCUUUUAGGAAAAAAGAAUAAUGUUAUAUCAGUGAUUGGGGAUGGAGCAAUGACUGCAGGGCAGGCAUAUGAGGCUUUAAAUAAUGCAGGGUUCCUUGACACUAACCUGAUUGUCAUAUUGAAUGACAAUAAGCAGGUUUCGUUGCCCACUGCAACACUUGAUGGCCCUGCAACUCCUGUCGGGGCACUCAGUAGAACACUAGCAAAGCUUCAAGCAUCUCCAAAUUUCCGGAAAUUACGUGAAGCAGCCAAGGGCAUAACAAAGCAGAUUGGAGGGAAAACACACAUGGUUGCAUCAAAAGUUGAUGAAUAUGCAAGAGGCAUGAUUAGUAGUGCAGGAUCAACUCUCUUUGAGGAACUUGGUUUAUACUACAUCGGACCUGUGGACGGGCAUAGCAUGGUAGACCUAAUCACCAUAUUGAAGCAAGCCAAAGAAAUUCCAGCACCAGGACCAGUUCUAAUUCACGUAGUGACUGAGAAAGGAAAGGGUUAUCCACCAGCAGAAGGAGCAUCUGAUAAAAUGCAUGGAGUUGUAAAAUUUGAUCCCAGAUCAGGGGAGCAAUUCAAGUCCAAAUCCCCAACACAGUCAUAUACGCGGUACUUUGCCGAGUCGUUGAUAAAAGAAGCUGAAGGAGAUGAGAAGAUUGUGGCUGUUCAUGCUGCAAUGGGUGGAGGAACAGGUUUAAAUUAUUUCCAAAAGAGAUUUCCAGAUCGCUGCUUUGACGUGGGUAUAGCAGAACAACAUGCAGUAACAUUUGCAGCAGGUUUGGCUACCGAAGGCCUCAAGCCUUUUUGCACCAUCUACUCAUCAUUUCUACAGAGAGGAUAUGAUCAGGUAAUACAUGAUGUAGAUCUUCAGAAACUGCCAGUCAGAUUUGCAAUGGAUAGAGCAGGUUUAGUGGGUGGAGAUGGACCAACCCAUUGUGGUGCAUUCGAUAUCACCUACAUGGCCUGUUUGCCUAAUAUGGUUGUCAUGGCUCCAUCAGAUGAAGCAGAGCUGAUGCACAUGGUUGCAACUGCAGCAGCUAUUGAUGACAGACCAAGUUGUUUCAGGUACCCGAGGGGAAAUGGGAUAGGAGUUGCCCUUCCUCCUGGAAAUAAAGGAACACCACUUGAGGUUGGAAAGGGAAGAAUAUUGAAAGAGGGGUGCAGGGUAGCACUGCUGGGAUAUGGAACUAUUGUGCAAAAGUGCCUAGAAGCCUCAGUUUUGCUGAAAUUUUGGGACAUCUCAGUGACAGUAGCUGAUGCAAGGUUCUGCAAACCUCUUGAUGGUGAUCUUAUUAAACACCUAGCAAAUGAACAUGAAAUACUUAUAGUUGUUGAAGAGGGUUCUAUAGGAGGUUUUUCAUCUCAUGUGUCGCACUUCCUCGGUCUGAAUGGUAUUUUGGACGGAUCUCUUAAGCUAAGAGCAAUCAUCCUUCCUGAUAGAUACAUUGACCAUGGAGACUACGAAGAUCAGUUGGAAGAAGCAGGAUUGACUUCAAAACAUAUAGCUGCAACUGUGCUGUCAAUGUUGGGAAAGCAAAAGGAAGCUCUAACACUUUAGGUUCAGAAAAUAGGUGCACAGAAACAAGUUACCAUCACAUGUAAAUCUAUAUAUCUUGGCAGAUUCAGUUGUGGAAUACCUAAAACAUAUUGUGGCCAAUUUUGAUGGUUUACCAUGUUUGUCUUUGCCAAUGUGCCCUUCCUAGCAUAAACAAGACAUGUAUUAUACUUGUAUUAAACACAGACACUACAAGAGAUUAAGAAG